GACUGUGAGCAUCCCAGGAGGAGCAGCCUGUCCUGGAGGUUCUGUGGCUUGCCAAGGCCAGGGGCAUCAUCUCCUUCGUCAGAAGCAGAGAACAGUGGUUCUUCUUCCAUGAGACCAAAGAAAGAGUCUUUGGGAGCUCACUGCUCAUCUCCAUCCACAGACAAUUCUGUAACCCCAGGAAAUGACUUUUCUGUUUCUUCCUGUGCAAAGACCAGAUCAAAACUACAAUGGGACAAGAAAAUAGCAAAGUCCCUCGCCAUAAUUGUCUGUGUGUUUGCCAUUUGCUGGGCCCCAUACUCUUUACUAGUGAUUUUCCGUGGGCCCUGCCAGGGAACUUGUGUCCAUAACUUCCUGUAUGAAGCAACGUUUUGGCUUUUGUGGAUCAAUUCCUCUUUGAACCCAUUUCUUUACCCUCUCUGUCAUGUUAAAUUUCGAAUGGCUUUUCUGAAAAUUCUAUGUCCCAAAAAGUUUGCAACAUUAAGAUCGAGUUCUUUUUAGAAAAAAGAAAAACAAGGUCCAAGAGGAGGUGGAAGAGGGACGUAAGUAGCCACUGUUUGAAAUUAGAUUUAGUCUUUUCCAGGAGAUUAAACUAUUUGGAGAAUCUAUACAAGCCUUCUGUGAAAUGUCUUCCUACAGACAAAUGUGCAUGACCAAGGUUUGUGUACUUUUCCCAGCUAUUUGAAUUGAUCAGGUAAAAGCUAUUGCCUCUGUCUGACUUUCCCAAGUAGUCUACCCACAAUAUCUUAAUUCUGAUUGCUGAAAAUGUUGUCUUCAAUUGCAGUACCUCUUAUAUUUGUGUUCACGGGUGAUAUUAGUUAAAAAUACAAUAAAGUUAUAUAUUACCCUUAGGGUCAAUAGUAUUCUACAGUUGCUAUCUUCUCUGUUCUACUUCUUUUAAACAAUUUGCAUUCAGAACCCGAUUUUUGCCUAUAUGAAACAUCCAAUGAAGUUACGAUAUUUGUUGCCAGGCACAUAACAGGAUUACUUCCUUUCACUAAAGGUUUUUGGCCAUCAGAAGCAAAGAGGAACUACUUUCAAAAACUUGGAUGUAUGUGUUCUCUGCAGAAGGACGUUGCUCACUAUAUUUGUUCAGAUGCAGCAGUAGAGAAUUCAGGUGUGUAAAGCAUUUAUGUGGAUGUCCAAGUAUUCUGCAAGAAACCAGCCUUCUUCAGAUGUAGUUUUGAGAAAACAUAGAAACAGAAGUGUUUGUUCUUACUCCUUGGGGGAAAAUGUCCAAUUCUGUUUCUGUUACAAGCCCUCAGCUGGAGGCUGUGAUAAACAGUAUAUUUCUUACACACUGUGUAAGGCUGUGUUUGUUUUUCUGCAUGAGCCAGGAAAAUGGCUGGCCUGGAUGGCUGCCUGUAGUAGUAUGUGUGGUGAGAGCUGAGACAGCUUGGAAGUGAUCUUCUUUCAAUACACACUUUCCAUACUCUUAAGGACUAUUUACUUGCAUGGCUCUGGAAUUAUCAGGUAUUAACUUCUCUACAAAAUAAACAGGCAUAACUUUAAAAUGUAAAUAAUUUCUUUUCAUCACAUGGUCAGUAAGUAUAAGACUAGGAAAUAAAUGGAAGAAUAAAAACUAAAGAAAUGU